AGUUAAAGUUUUAGAAGGUGAUGUCCAAAACCUGAAAUUGAAUCUCGUCUAUAUUAUUUACCCUUGUGAAUGUCUUCACUCCAAGGAAAAAGAAAUAUCUCAAUUCUUAUUAGAGAAAGGAAAUUCACGACGGUAUAUUUAGCUGAAAUGCCACCUGAUUUACAACCUUGGUAGUUGGUACAUCUCCAAGAUGAACGAGAAAUAUGUCCUUUAUAUAUAACCAACCCACUUGUCGUUCUUUCAAUGUUUCUUCGUCGAAAUUCAAGCACCCAUCAAAACAAUAACCUUCAGAAACUCAAAACAUAAUUGACAAAAAUCAAAACCCAACUGUAUUUUACUGUACCAGAAACUAAACUUCAUUAAAAGACAUGGAUCAUGCUAGUCCUCAGGCAGGUGAUAGCAGUCUACAUUUGCAAAUAUCUGACCUGAAGAGGCUCAGUGAUGCUUUAUCUCCUCAUGAAAGCGCCACCAUCUUUGAACCCGAAAACAGCAAACGCAGUGCUGAUGCUUCUGCUGCACGUCGAUCAGUCGGGCCACCAGUUCCUGCACCUGAGAAGAAACUAACCCUGUUUGCCCUUCGCCUCGCAAUCCUUGAGAAGGCAGCUACUGGAUUAGGAACUCUAGGCUUCAUCUGGGCAACUGUGGUUCUUCUUGGUGGGUUUGCAAUAACGUUAGACAAAACAGAUUUUUGGGUCAUAUCAAUCAUACUUCUGAUUGAAAGUUCAAGGAUUUUCAGUAGAAGUCAUGAACUUGAGUGGCAACGCCAGUCCACUUGGACUUUGACAGAUGCCGGGAUCACCAGUUUUCGGCUUCUGAAGAUAAAUUCGAGUAAAUUUUGGAACGUUCUGAUGUCCAUGUUCAGAAAACCGGGUCCAAAUGGUAGAAAUAUAAAUGCUAGCAGCGAAGAAAGACAGAAAAAAUGGGACAAAAAACAUCUUCCAACUCGAAGAUGGGCGAGUUCAGAUGUGCCUAUCUUACCCUAUUUUUCUUGGUUUUUUCUGUCAAGAAACAUAAGCAAGAUUCUUCAAUGUCUUCAGAUUUUAGCUGCAAUGGCGUGUGUAGCUCUUUCAUUAAUUAAGCUCAUACGACGUGACUUUGGUGAGAUAGCAAAAGGUGAUUCUGACAAAAGGAACAGAAAAAGUGCUUUAAUCAUCUUUUAUGGGUUAGCCUUGGCUGAAGCCUCAUUGUUUUUACUAGAGAAAGUUUACUGGGAAUUGAAGGUAAUCUAUGGUAAAAUAUUGGAAAAAGUGAGUGAAGAAUGCGAAUUUGGACCUUGGGGUAUUACUUCAGUUAGGAGAUUUUUUUAUGAUGCUUACUCAAGAUGUGUAGAUGGAAGUGUUUUUGAUGGGUUGAAGAUGGAUAUGGUGUCUUAUUCCAUGGAACUUCUAGCUUCAAAUUCACCAGACGAACAGCUUAUGGGUGCUCGGAUUCUUCGAAGUUUUGCAGCGAGUAAGCGAUUUUCUGAUGAUACUCUACAGAAAAUUGGAACAACUUUUUCAGCAGUUGAAAGAUUAGUAGAGAUGUUGAAUUGGAAAGACCCAGAAGAAGAGGAAAUCAGACAAUCAGCAGCAGAGAUUUUAUCAAGAUUAGCAGGGAAGAAACAGAAUUCACUUCGAGUUGCAGGAAUUCCCGGUUCUCUGGAAUCAAUUUCAUCUCUUCUUUAUGUAGAGAAAACAUCCGAUUCAUCAGUUGAUGAGAUUUGUCAGAAUAAUAUCGUUGCUGAUCAUGAGCAUUAUGGGUUCUGGACAUUCAAUCAUCUUGGACUAAGUCUUCUGAAGAAGCUCGCUCGUGACCAUGAUAACUGUGGAAAGAUAGGGAACACAAGAGGUCUCCUGCCAAAAAUCAUAGAAUUCACAUGUGCACGAGAGAAGUUACUGAAGGAUGAUAAUGUCGCAACAUCACAGAUUAAAUCAGUUAAAAAAUCCCUGCAAGUUAUAAAAAUGCUAGCGAGCACGACAGGUAGCACAGGAAAACAACUUCGUAAAGAGAUAUCAGAGAUUGUUUUCACAUUCAGCAAUAUCAGAGAUAUAUUAAGGCACGGAGAGAAACACCCGAAUCUGCAGAAGCUUGGGAUUGAGAUACUGACUAGUUUAGCAAUGGAAGAUGACGCGACAGAGAGAAUUGGAGGUACAGGUGGAAUUAUUAAAGAGUUGCUGAAUAUCUUUUUCAGAGAAGAUAUGCCAUCAGAUCAAGUUCAUGUUAGAACUGCAGUUGGCGAAGCAUUAGUCAUGCUUGCAUUGGAGAGCAAGCAGAACUGUCACUGUAUCUUGAAACUAGGAGGAAUAGAGAAGCUUGUGAAAGCAUUAGAAGAUCCACAAGUUCGAAUUAUUGCUGCAAGGAUAUUGACAAAUUUGUGCACUUAUAGUGCAGAGGAUCGCUUCAUGGAGCUAAGGGGAGUUGCUGCAGCAGGACCCAUGGUUCUUAAGGGAAUCAUUUCAGAUGAAGACAAACUACAAGAAGUAACAGUUGGAUUAGCAGCAAGAGCUUUCAAGUUCAUCACUUACGCCGAAUCGAGUACCAUGUUCGAACAAGCUGGAAUUGAAGAAAGUCAGAUAGCAAAUGUGCUAGUACAGAUUCUGAGGAAACAUAUAUACCCACCUGCUAAAUUUCCUAGGAUACGCAGGUUUACCAUUGAACUUGCAAUUUGGAUGAUGAAAGACAAGGAAAGUAACGUUCGAAUUUUCAAAAAUCUAGGACUACAAAAUCUGCUGGAGAAUGUUUUGGAAACAACCUCAGAGCUUGAGAGCUUUAACAUAUUUUCAGGUACAGUGGGGUUAAGCAGGUUCAAGACAUCAAUGCACUCAUUGGUUGGAUAUGCACAUAAUUUACUCAAAUAAGUGAAAGCAGGGGAUUACAGUUUUUUUUUUUUCCUUUCUAUUUAUGUAUAUAUUUUUAUUGGAUGCUCAAAAUAUUUAUGCAUUUCUUUUCGUUUAGUCUUGGAAAUAAAUAGGAUAAUUAAGUUCCCCUUUUCGUGAGUAAUAAUAAUGACAGAUGUACAAAGAUAUAAUUCAUUUUACUUAUUUAUUUAUACACUUUGCGUUGCAAAUUGCAA